AACGACUUGGCGGAAGGUUUGGGGGAGUGGUGGAGGAAGGGGUGCAAGAUGACACAAUCGAGUACAAAAUAAAAAUGGAAAGCAUAGAAGGCCAUAGAGUCGACGAGGAGUCCGAAUGGAAACUUUUUGACACGCGACUGCUUGCUAAACGGGGGACCAGCACUGGAGGCCAAAAAGACUUUUUCGUGCGGACCCUAAUGUCGAGGUUGAACAUCGGUGAAAAAAAGUUGCCGAUAAAGAACUGUGGUCAAAAGGGGGACAGCGCGCCGCAAGGAAUGCGACGGAACGAUGGAGAGGAUGAGCUCGACCUCGAGUUUGUCAAGAGAUCGAGUGAGGAGCGCAAGAGAAAGGAAAGGUCUGAUUCUGGAACAAUUCGGAAUGGAUACUAUAGAGGCUUGACAGAUGUCCUAGUCUCUGGUUCAAGUCCAUACGAAGGUUGGAUGAUGGAAGAGAGAUGCACGAAUGAGGGCCAGACACGACGAUAA